AUGAUGAACCGGAGAUCGUGUCAACUGGUCGAGGCGGUGUGCAGUGGGGCGACAUUUGAAGGUAUAAAAUGGUGCACUAUUUCUAGAAAACCUAAUGGUACAUUUUUGAGAACAUUCCCCGGGGGUACAUCCCGGAGGCAUUUCUUCUUCUUCUUCUUCAAAAAUGAGAGCGACAAAAUAGGAGAAACGACAAAUUUGCUGGCAAAACUGAAUUUAAAAAAGUUCAUGAAAGAAGGAAGAAAUGGAGGAGGGAUAACCUGUUCGGAAGAGGUGGAGGUGAGGAAGGAGAACUGCGCUGGUCAAUCGUUAGGCCAAAUGAAUAAGGAGCAUCUUCAAAAUGUAGACACGCUUAGCGAAGGCGACGUAGAAAGAAUUGAUAAAAUUCUUGCAGAGUUAACCAGAGAGAAAAUGGAAGGAAAAGGAGAGGGACACCUGCUAGAACUGAUUGGAUUAAAAAGCAGCGGUGAAAAUAUCACACAAGCGAGUCUCGUCUGCAUAAGUACAUGCGAUAGUAUACUAAAAAAAAUGUACAAAGAGGAAAAUAUUUUCAAAAUUAUUAACAUGGUAGAUACAGUUUCAAAUAAUUUAUGCAAAUUAGGAGAUGCACUGGAACUGCUGAGAAAUUUACACACAAGCCAAGGGGUAAUGGCCAGAGCACAUGAGGCGUUGGAGAAAUUAACCUCCUACAUCGACCUAAUUAACAUAGAUGAAAAAAUUUACCAUUUUUUAAAAACAAAAUAUCAUGAGCAUGCACAUAGGUUAGAUCGGGAGCAUGCAGAAGUUCUGCUCAACAUGAUCGUGUCCAUGGAAAACCAAGGGGUCCACAUAAAGGAUAAGAAACAAAGACAAGAAUAUUUGGAACUACAGGCACAAGAAAAAUAUAUUUCCUUUCAUGCUACAUCCAACGUCGCAAAUGAAUAUGAUGGUGUGUUCAUACAAAAGAGGAGACUCCUGCCUUUUAUCAAUGAGCAGGUCAUAGAUAGGUACCAGGAAAAAAUAAAACCUUUUAUUCAAAAUGGAAAAUUAAAACAGAAUAACAAACGUGAAGGGCUCGACUCAGAAGAGUGGGUAUUUCUCCUCCAGGACAGCUCCUUCAUCAUGACGGUGCUUGAAAAUGUCAAUGAUGAAGAAGUAGCAAAAAGCGCCCACGCACUAUUGAAGAAGCCAAACCAGAUAUUCCUAAAAAACAUACUAGUCUUGCAGUACUAUAGAAAUAUGCUAACGCAGUGUCGAAAUUUUAAAAACUUCAGUGAAUACUCUCUUAAAAAUUGCAUCCUAAAUAGCCCCGACAAGGUGCACUAUUUUUUGAGAAGUGUUUUUAAUACUGUUUUGCCCCACUUUUUUGAAGAGCUGCGGUUUGUGGAAAGGUACAUCGACGCGGUUUCAUCUAGAGGGGAGAAGACCAAGGCGAGGCUUUCCAAUUGUGGUGCAGUGUGCGGUGCGGUUGAGCGUACCCAAGAUAAUAUCUCAGAAAAUAAGUUAGAACCCCCCACACAGUGGUUCAAGUCAGCUGAUCACGAUACAAGCAACACGGAUGGAGGAGAGAGGCGCAGCAAGCUAACCCCGGAAAAUGUGUUCUACUACAUGAACCAAAUACGGAAGGAGAAACUUAAACAGAUCGAGGCGGAAAUGAAAAACCGAUUGACUCUAUAUCAGGUUAUUCGCUUUGUCGUGAACCUCUUGAAGGAUUCCUACUCCUUGGAGAUGGUCAACGUUGCGCCGUUGCCGAAUGAACUGUGGGACGAGAGCAUAUUAAAAUUUGAGAUAAGGGAUGGGAGCUACACGUAUGGGUAUUUAUAUAUGGACCUUUUCGAGCGGGAAAACAAGAACCAUUCCAUUGCUCAGUACACCGUUCGGUGCUCCAAGAAUAUGAACGCCUGCUUGACGCACCAGUGGUUUGAGGACAGCGCGCGAGAGUUUCCCUUCUUCUACUCGGGCAUCGUACGGGGCGGCAUGGGGAGUGACACGCCCAACCGCGCAUCAGGUGGGAGGCAACAUCACGAACGAACCUACCGACAGACCACGUCGACCUUCCUUGUGUGUAACUUUAGUACAAAAUUGAGCGCCGAUGAUGGAGAAACCUCCACAAGUAACAUCCCCCAGGAUAACCUCUUCAUAUAUAAUCAAAUGGGCAUAAAACUUGGAAGAAUAAAAAUGUCCGUCGACAAGGUCAAUAUGUUUUUGCACGAAUUUGGGCACACCCUCCACUGCAUACUUAGCUCCACAUACCUACAACAUCUUUCUGGAAAUAGGGGUGGCGUUGAUUUCUCUGAGUUUUCGUCUCAUUUUUUUGAGGAGUAUUUAAACAGUUACGAGGCGUUGCUACGACUGUACGGAGGGAAUAAAGAAGAUAACAAGGAGAGCCUUGAAAAGACGGAGAAGAUAGUAAAAAAAUAUUUGGAGAACAAAAAUAUUCUUUGUUAUUAUUCCAUCAUGCAGGUGACUAUUCAAUCUAUAAUUGAUCAGAUUUUUUAUUGUUUAUCGAGCAAGUCCAGUUGCAUUACUGAGCGAAAUGAAUUAAUUGAAAAGAAAAUAAAUGAGUACUUCUCUGGGGUGUACUACAAGGAUAUAUUUAUACUCGAGUUAUUUCCUCAAAUUCAUUUUUCCAAAACGACACACCUCGUUCAUUAUCCUGCCAAUUAUUUCUGUUACCUGUACUGCUCCGUUUUGUCUAAAUAUGUGUGGGAGCGGACCUUCAAGCGGGAUUUGAUGAAUCGGAAGAAGGGCGCCGAAAUUGUGAACUUUAUGCGCGGGGGCUCGGUCGACUCCAGCCUAAGAAACAUCAUUGCGCUGGUGGAAGAUGACCUGGAGAAGGUUCAGUACUACACGGACAAUCCGGAACAUCUCCCACUUGAUGAUUUUUUGAAGCAUUACUCGGGUGAAAACAAGAACGAAGAAUACAACUCCUUUUUAGAGGCCCUCCAAAUGGGCGAAAAAAAAUUAACAUAA